GCGACAUCACAGCGUUUAUUAACCCUCCGCGCUGUCACGUGGCCGGCUGCUCUUUUAAUUACAACAGCUACGAUGCGAUGAGUGUGUGAGUGGAUGAGGAACACUGUCAACAUCACAUUUAUUGCAUUAAACACGUUUUUAUUGCAUUAAAGACGUCAGGUGUGGAGGCUGACACGUGUCUGCAGACGGGGACAGAUCACCGGAUUACAGGCUUUGAGGCUCGCCGUGUGUCAUCAUGAGCUCCAAGGUGUGCAAGAACUGCGGCAGCUCGGACAUCGACGUGGACCAGGCCCGCGGCGAUGCCGUCUGCAUGACCUGCGGCUCCGUGCUGGAGGACAACAUCAUCGUGUCCGAGGUGGAGUUCGUGGAGACGGGAGGCGGAGGGUCGUCGGCCGUCGGACAGUUCGUCUCCGCUGACUCUGGAGGCAUCAACCCGUCGUUUGGGGACAACCACUUCUCAGGAGUGGGGAGGGAGUCCAGAGCUCAGACGCUGCAGAAAGCGAGACAGAACAUCAACACUCUGGGUCACCAGCUGCAGAUGAACAAACACUGUCUGGACACGGCGUUGAACUUCUACAAGAUGGCGCUCAUGAAGCACCUGACCCGCGGACGCAAGAACGCCCACGUGGUCGCCGCGUGUCUCUACCUGGUCUGCCGCACCGAGGGAACGCCGCACAUGCUGCUGGACCUCAGUGAUCUCCUGCAGGUGAACGUCUACAUGCUGGGGAGAACCUUCCUGGUGCUGUCCAGAGAGCUGUGCAUCAACGCCCCGGCUAUAGACCCGUGCCUCUACAUCCCCCGCUUCGCCCAGCUGCUGGAGUUCGGGGAGAAGAACCACGACGUGUCCAUGACGGCCAUGAGGCUGGUGCAGAGGAUGAAGAGGGACUGGAUGCACACGGGACGAAGGCCGUCGGGACUCUGUGGGGCAGCUCUUCUUGUUGCAGCUCGUAUGCACGACUUUCGACGCACCAUCAAAGAAAUCGUCAGCGUCGUGAAAGUGUGUGAAACCACGCUAAGAAAAAGACUGACGGAGUUUGAGGACACGCCCACCAGUCAGCUGACCAUCGAAGAGUUCAUGAAGAUGGACCUGGCAGAAGAGUGUGACCCGCCCUGCUUCACGGAGGGACUGAGGAAGAAAAAAUUCAAUCAGCUGGAGCUCGAGCUGAAGAAAAAGAUGGACGACGUUGAAGAUGAAAUUCAUGGCUACCAGGAUGAAAUAGACGCAGAGCUUGAGAGCUGUCGACCCAAACUGAGAGGAGUUUACGCUGCCUACGCUAAAGAAGACACUGCAAAAGACGACUGCGACGUCGUCUCCACGUCGUCUCUGACAGCGGACUGCGAGGAGGAAGAUGAAGAUGAAGACGAAGACGAAGACAUACUUCAGGCCGUGGCCAAGCACUUUGGCAAAGACCUCGGCGAGCUCACGCUGGAGGCCCUGAUCAAACUGGAACAGAAGACACCGGAGGACGAGGACGAGGAGGAGGACGAGGAUCUGGAGGGGGACGUCCCAAAGAGAAAAGCCCCGUCGCUGCAGUCCAUCCUGGGCACGAUGCCCACGGCGUCCAGUCUGGCCCUCCCUCACUCCAUCGACAAGGGAGACGGAGACGAUGGUGAUGCUGAGGGCGGGGAGCUGGACCUGAGCGGGAUCGAUGACAGUGAGAUAGAGCUGUAUCUGCUGAGUGACAAUGAGAUCCAGGUGAAGACGGCGCUGUGGAUGGCAGAAAACUCCGACUACCUCAAAGAACAGAAAGCGAAGGAGGCAAAGAUAGCAAAGGAGAAGGAGCUGGGGAUCUACAAAGAAAGGAAGCCCAGAGGACCCACAAAGAAGUACCCUCCAAUCCGAGCCAACACCGCUGACGAGGCCAUCGGGAAGAUGCUGGAGCAGAAGAAGAUCUCCACCAAGAUCAACUACGACGUCCUGAAGGACCUCAACAUCAAGCCCGGGGCCAGUCCGGCUCGCAAGACCGAGUCCCCGAAAAAGGAGCCGUCGGCCGCCAAACUGACGGGACGCAACCGCAAACCUCCUCCGGCUCCGCUCAGCCUCAGCACGCCGCUCAGCAGCCUGGGAAAAAGGUUGCAGCCGUUCAUCACCGGACAGCCCAACAAGAAGCUCGCCGUGGAGCAGAUUGGCACCUCCAGCCCCCUGCCGGUGCCCGUGGGAGCCCCCGUGGGACCCGCCAGCGGAGUGGCGGUGGUGGUGGAGAGCGGGCCGGUGGUGUACGACGAUGCGGCCGGCGAAGAGGAGGAGGAGGAGGAAGAGGAGGCGUGUCUCAGCGCCAUGGAUCUGAUGGGCAGCAACGAUUACGGCAGUGAUGUAGAUUACGAAGACUGAUUCUAGCAGCGGUCUUCACCGGGUUUUUAAUCCCAAUCUAGUGCGGACCAUUCUGAGUCCUUAAGUGUAUCACAUGUUUACUACCAGGGGCACAAAAUGGCUUCAGACGGGAGAGGAAUGAGGAAGUCCCAUCAGGAGUAAAUGGGAUGAAAACAAAAGCUGGACAUAAAUCCAACUCCUUGCACCAUUUGGCAUCCCGACUGGACUGAACUGGGAUAACGCACUACUUGGAUGCUGAAAGAUAAGUUAAAGUGGAAAUGAGGGAUGUAGUUCUAUUAAUCAUGGUGGGUCAUAAUCCGCCCGCAGUGACGAUGCUGCAAAGUGAAACGUAUGAAAUAUUCCAGUAAGCACUGGUUUGUUUAUUUGCAGGUCAGACGACUUUUAGGUUAAAACUGGGCUCAACUUUUAGAAGACUAGGAUCUAAAUAACUCUUGUUUCAACAGCAUUUAAAGAAAUACUUCACCCACAAAAUGUCCAUUUGUUUUUUUUAUUACUCUGCCAUUUAAUUCUUGAAGAUAAUCUUAUUUUUCCCGCAUGCCUCCAGGGUAAAAAGAGAAUCAAAAAAUGUGGAAAAGUCAGUAAAACUGCAUCAAAACUUCAGUUUACAAACUCUCACCCACAAGUGCCGUUCAAUCCAAGUCUCUUUUGUCUAUUCGUAUGCUAACCGCUUCACAAACGCAUGUUUCUUCACUAAAAAGUUGAAGUGAGACUGUUUAUGCAGAAGUGUCUUUAAUAGUCAGGUUUUAGUGAAGAUGCAUGUGUUGUAACGAGAUUUAAAUAAAAAUGCGCGAGUUGUGUGAGAGUUUGUAAACGGAUGUUUUAAAUUCGAUUUUCUGUUGUUAAACGUAGCCUCCGUUUACUUCUAUUCAGUUCCUCUCUUUAUUUUGAGUCUUCGGGGACCGCGGAGCCGUAAAAUGUUUACUUCAAGAACUCAAGGUAACACAGGUGGAGUCAUUGAUAAACAAAUGCUUAUUUUGUGGGUGAAGUGUCACUUUAAAUGGAUAUAUUUUAAUGUGAUGUUAGAACCUGCUUCUCACAGAAUGAAAGUCAUUUAAAUGCUGCUGAAACGACAGUUAUAGAAAUGCAGACUUCGAAAAGUUUUAAGCUGAAGAUGUGUUUCCUCCUGCAAAACACCAAAUCAAUGUUGACUUAUUUGAACAAAAUGCAAAAACCUAUUAUGCUUGAACUUGCAAUUUUGCAUUCAUAACACUCGAGUACUUCCUGAUAGUUAAUCCUGUCUCAAAGCUAGAACCCUAAACCGUGUCUAUGUACUGAUAAACAAGCAUCUAACAAUCAGGUAGCAUAAGAUCAACCACCAUUAUGUGCUCGGAUCAAUAUUUAUUAAAGCUCUAGGUGAUUAGUGGACCGUAACACGCCAUCUGCCUAAAGUCAAAGUCAGACAAUAACGUUGCCUUCUGAACAAUUCAUAAAUCCCCCCAAAAUAGUGAUAUUUUAGUUUCAGUUUAAUUUCAGAUGAUUGAUUUAGUUUUUAAGUUGCUAUUGAUUUGGUUUUUCUUGAUACUUUUGUUGAUGGACUUUAAUUUAUGAGAUUUGAGUUAAAUAUUCUUCACCACGUCUCCACAGAGGCUUUAAAAGCCGGGGUUGUAAAUACAUUCUCUGCAAUAUUAUAUUUUCCACGCGAGUGAUUGGACCCCGGAUCAGAGAAUAUAUCUAUUUUGUAUUUAAGCUUUUAUGAAUUUUUGUGUUGGAGAGGUGAGACAGCAGUGUUUGAUGAGGCGUCUUCGUCUUCCACCUCGACUUCGACUGCCUCAGUUUUGCUAUGAUGAAAGUUCCAUCUGCAUUUUGUUGUGUGCAUUCGCUGCUACAGUAAAGAUUUCACUACAU